GCUGUGUCUGUGUAAAGGGGGGAGGGGGGGCAGAUUAUAAAGGGAAAAGGUUAAAGUGAAGCUGCAAGUCUGUAAUGGACUAGGUAAAACUCUACAAGUGAUGAUUCAUGGAAGUCAAUGUGCAAAAUCUGCUCACUGAAUCCUAUUUGGAAAUGCGAGAUCGGGCCUGUGAAGUAGUGAAUUUAGAUCAUGAUGAAGACACCUUUGAUGGAAAGAAUGGUUUAAAAGAGGGUCUUUGUGCCUGGGAGCAUGACGCAGAAGCCCAGGCAAGUCCAUUCUCUACGGAAGAGAAAGAGGACGAACACAUCAAGAGUUUGGUCCACAGUCCAUUGCCCAUCUUCAGAUAUUCCCCGGACGUCGAGAUUUCCCAGAGUCCCUGCUUUCAGUUUGACAGGUUGGCCCCUGCCAGGGUCUCCUUGUCUCCGUCCCUGCGGAGAAUGAGGAGAAAGAUGAUGGCGUCACCAGCUUCCCCGAGGAGUGCUGGAAGGGCUCAGAGGCUGUUGAAAGAGACUGAAGAGCCUGCCUCCGACAAUGACUCCUCUGUACCAGUCGAUUACUUACAGAUCCCAUGUCCUACAACGGAGACAGCCUCUGUUGACCAGAGAACUGCAGAUAAGGAGGUUCCAACACAUCUACAGCAAGACUCUCCGCAAAGUGGAGAAGGCCUGUUGCCUGAAAGCCAGCAAAAGAGUCACCAUGUCAGGGAUACACCAAUCAUCCCACCUGAUAAAGAUACUCCUCUCUGGGCAAGACGAAAGGGUGACUGUACAUUCACUUUGUUGGAUAAUCUUCAGGAGCAGACGGCCCAAGAUGCAACACCUGAGAGGUGCAUCUCUCAACGUCGGCGCAGUUCAUUGGUUGUCUGUUUACCGGGACUCGAGAUAUUUCCUGGUGAUUUAUUAAUUUCUCAUGGUGUGGAACAUCUUUACCGUACAGCAUCUACCCCCUCACUCAGUACGGAAUCCAAGAAGUCGAAAUGGCCUUUCGCAAAACGGGGAAUGAGCAAAGUGAAACAAAAGCAGAUAUCGCAUUUGGAAAAUCUUCUGGCCUCACUGGUGGUCAGGGACUGCACAGAUCACUUUUUCCAACGGUACAAGGAUAAAAGCUGGACGUAUGUAACAAAGAUCCAGAAGUUGAGCACUGAGACCAGGGCUGAGCAGAAGGACAGGAAGCUACAAGAGGCCAUGUGGGAGAUCUUCACCAGUGAAUGCACCUACUUCGGUGACAAGUUAUUGGUGAUGGAGGAGGUUUUCCUGAACACACUGAAGCAGGUCCAGAGCGAAGAAUGGCUUCUGGACAUUGACCCUUGGGGACUGUUUGCAAACCUCAGUGAAUUGUCCAAGGUGAGCUUCGAUUUUUUGACCAGUCUCCUGGAUGCAGUAGAGAACUGUUGGACAUUACCGUCACUCCUUGGUGUGUUGUCAAAGUUUCAGGAGAGUGUGUGCUGCAGUCAUCAGAAAUAUUGCCUGAAUUACUCUUCGGCCAAUCUCUACCUCAAUAACCUGAAGAUGAGGGAGGACUUUGGAAUCUUUCUUAAGUGGUGUGAACAGAACGAGCAGUGCAAACGGCUGCACUUGUCCGAUCUGCUGGUGUCGCCCCUGCAGAGGUUGACGAGGUACCCGUUGCUCCUGAGGAACCUCUGGAAGAGAAGUACAGAGACAGCGGAGAAACAGAGAAUCCAGGUUAUCAUCAAACAGGUGGACAAUUCGAUCUGUGACCUUGAAGGCAAAGUGAAGUGGCUGGACAGGAUUCAGAAAUUUCAGCAGAUUCAGGAGAUGAUCGUUUGGCCUCCAAUCUGGGAAAGGAAUAAGAAGAUAUUUCUACCUGAGAGUCUUCGAUACCUGGUCAAAGACAACAUGGCAGACGGUCUCCUGUCACCGGUGAACAGACAGCUUUUGCAUGAAGGACGACUGAGUCUCGCCGGGGCGACAAAACUCCUGGAUGUACAUCUGUUCCUGUUUGACGACUUGCUUUUAAUCACAAAAGUUAAAAACGCCAAGAAGAGAACGUGGCUGUUACACAUCGAGACAGCAGUGACUGGCUACCGGAACAUUCUAGACCCACCACAACCCUUGCUGGGGAGGUUCACAGUGAAUGAAUCGUCUGAAAUUUAA